GGCCGCAGAUUGGGGGGCUCGGAGUCGUCCUAGAAUCGUAGAAUGGUGUGAGUUGGAAGUGACCUGCAAGGGUCAUCGAGUCCAAUUCCUAUCCCUGUGUAGGACAACCCUAGCGUUCACACCAUGUGUCCGGGGGCAUUGUCCAAAUGCAAAGUCACUUGUGGUGCAGGAGAGGGGCCUGACUGCCUGGAAGGAGCUAAGGUGCAGGGUGCAACCCCUGCCAGGCUUCUGUUCCAGCAGAGGUUCGAUCAUUCUGGGGGGGUUGCACACGUGUUGCAGGAGGGCACCAAAGUUCUUCUAGCUCUGGUGUGCGGGUUUCGGAUUCAGGACUCUGUCUGGCAUGUUUGGGGUAUUCCUGAUGUGCGUCCAGAUGUGCUUGUUCUAAAGACGUAGCAGCGCUUGAACUUCUUUGGUGCUUAUGAGCUUCAUGGAAGCAUUUUUGCAUUUGAUUUAGCAGCCUGCGUGGCCUUCAGCAUCCUUAGUAUUUUGCAGCAAUUAACCUUAAAAACGCCCUGUUAUUGAACAAAGAUCUCAGGCAGAUAUUAAACAACAUUGUAAAUAAUUUUUGAGUGUCAUAUUCAGGGCCUUUUGUCAACUGAAAACUCUACACCAAAUGGAAAUUAAAAGCUAGGUAUCUGGAGAAUAAAGAAAACGAUGUUAAAAGUCAACCUCUAAAUAUCUGUAUAUCCAACCUUGAUUAUGCCUUCCAGAAACACAGCCUCUACCUCACCGUAUACUUACACGUGCUUUUAUGUAUCUGUCUAUGAUUAAAGUGAUGACCUGCAAAGAAGUAUAAGUCCAGCAUGUUAAGUACGUGAUUCUGUGAAGUACUCUGAGAUCUAAACUCCAGAUUCCUUGUCCCUUGAGGGUACGUUGACAUCUGUCUAAUGCUAGACUGGUGAAUAGGAAGAAGGUCCCAUCUCUGGCCUGUUUGUGGAAGCUGGGAUGAUGAAGGCACCGCAGUGGGAACGUGCUGUGGUACAGGGUUGACGCUCCAGCCCAUGUCUGGUAGUUAUAGAGCGAUUGGAAGGGUUGCGUGCAGAGUUCUGGUAAACUAGGAUGGAAGAAUCUCAUUUCAACUCCUCCCCGUACUUCUGGCCAGCAGUGCCCACCGUCUCGGGACAGAUUGAGAACACCAUGUUUAUUAACAAGAUGAAGGAGCAGCUCUUGCCCACAGAGAAGGGCUGCAGCCUGGCUCCUCCCCACUACCCUGCCUUGCUGACAGUCCCCACCUCUGUGGCCCUUCCCACUGGUAUCUCCAUGGACUCGGACACCAAGCCAGAGCAGCUGACACCACACAGCCAAGCCCCUGUGACUCAGAACAUCACCGUGGUACCAGUGCAGUCUGCUGGACUCAUGACAGCAGGUCCCGGUCUGGUGAUAACUUCCCCGUCAGGUUCCUUGGUGACCACAGCUUCCUCUGCCCAAACCUUUCCCAUCUCGGCUCCCAUGAUCGUCUCUGCACUACCCCCUGGCUCCCAAGCAGCCCUCCAGGUCGUUCCUGACCUGUCCAAGAAAGGGACAACCACCCUCUCCGAAAGUGGUGGGGGAGGAGGGGGUGGGGGAGUUGCCCCCAAACCACCCCGGGGCCGGAAGAAGAAACGAUUGCAGGAGUCGGGGCUGCCAGAGAUGAGCGACCCCUUUGUGCUGACAAAUGAGGAUGAUGAGGACCAGCACAAGGAUGGCAAGACAUACAGGUGCCGGAUGUGUUCGCUGACCUUCUACUCCAAGUCGGAGAUGCAGAUCCACUCCAAGUCCCAUACGGAGACAAAGCCACACAAGUGUCCUCACUGCUCCAAGAGCUUCGCCAACAGCUCCUACCUGGCCCAGCACAUUCGCAUCCACUCAGGGGCCAAGCCCUACACGUGCAGCUACUGCCAGAAGGCCUUCCGCCAGCUCUCCCACCUGCAGCAGCACACACGGAUCCACUCCAAGCUCCACACGGCGAUUGUCAAGCCGCACAAGUGUCCUCACUGCUCCAAGAGCUUCGCCAACACAUCCUACCUGGCCCAGCACCUCCGCAUCCACUCGGGGGCCAAGCCCUACACCUGCCGCUACUGCCAGAAGGCCUUCCGCCAGCUCUCCCACCUGCAGCAGCACACACGUAUCCACACCGGGGACCGACCCUACAAAUGCGCUCACCCUGGGUGUGAAAAGGCUUUCACCCAGCUUUCCAACCUGCAGUCCCACAGACGGCAGCACAACAAAGACAAACCUUUCAAGUGCCACAACUGCCACCGUGCGUACACGGAUGCCGCCUCAUUGGAGGUACACCUGGCUACACACACGGUGAAACACGCCAAGGUCUACACCUGCUCCAUCUGCAGCCGGGCCUACACCUCGGAGACGUACCUGAUGAAGCACAUGCGGAAACACAACAUCCCUGACCCACAGCAGCAGGUGGUUCAGGCGCAAGCCCAGGCCUCUCAGCAGCAGCAGCACUUCCAGCCGCAGGGCGGGGGGGCAGCAGGGGGCCCUUCUGGAGACACUAACCAACCCAACCCACCCCCCCAGUGCUCCUUUGACCUGACUCCUUACAAGACUUCAGAGCAUCAUAAGGACAUCUGCCUCACUGUCAGCACCAGCGCCAUCCAAGUGGAGCACCUCUCCAGCUCCUAGAGAGACCUCAGCCCAGGGAGCAGAAAGCCUCUUGUGCAUAGCCUGCGCCCAGGGGCACCGCUUGUGCGGCGGCCCUCCUUGUGCAACAGUCUCUGGCCUCUCCUCCUGCAACAGCCUCUUCUGGCCGUGUAACCCUGUUCAUGGCAGCCCCUUGAACAACAGCCUGUCUCAAGGGGGUGCUCCUUCUGUGCAACAGCCUGCCUGGUAGGAGGAUGCUUCCUUGUGCAAGAGCCCCUUCCUGUGCUGGGAUGAAUUCCUCAUGCAAGAGCCCCUCCUUUGAAACCCAAAGAAAGGCCCCCAUUUUGCCUUCUCUCGCUGUAAGAUGAGUAUGAAGGGGGGGAUACAUGUUGAGACAUGCAUGGUGGAUAGGAUGGAGAGACAGUCCUUGUACGUACAGGGGCUCGGACACAUGUUCUCAGCAGGCUACAGAAGAAUGUGGCAGGGUUCACAGCUGGAUGGGGUUCUCUGAGGAUUUCCUUGAGUGUCUAAGAGAUAAAUACCCAUUCCUGUCCCUUCUGCUUGUGAAAGGGAGGAGGGGUCGCUCGUCCUGCCCCAAGGACUAGAUGGGAGAAACCUCCUUCUCCCCAGUGGAAGGUGAGACCAGUGGCAGAGGGGAGGGGUGAGGUGUGUUCUCUGGGCCGCACAGGUGCCUACGCUGCCUGAGGGCUGUGGAGUAUUGCACACUUUCUCGUCCCCUGGUGGAGAGCAAUAGAGAGGAGUUGGUCUGAACUGGCUGCUGCCUCUCUCCGAGCUGUCUGAGCAGUGUGAUGGCCAAGGCCCCAUAGGAAUGUGGAUUCCUGCUCAUUGCUCUUCCUGGCCGUUGUGGAUGAUGUCCUAGCAGCUUGUAAUCCUCCUCCUCUCCCUCCUGCUUCCCCCCCUCAAAAAAAAGCCUGCAGGCAUCAACAACAAACCAAAAAGCAACUGGAGGGAGGGUAAGAGACUGCCAAAAUUAUCAUCACCCUUCUCUCUACUCCGUUUCCUGAAAAGUGGGAACGACAGCAGUUCUGACUCUCACAUGCCCAUCCUGCUCCCAGUUUCCCAAAGGGAAGGAGGAGGAGGAAUAGACCAGUCUUUUCAAGGAGCCGGCAGGAGGCAGGGAAAGGCUAGCUUCUCCUGCCUGCCUCCCAUCAGAGUACUCUCCCAGGCUCCCUCUUGCCAAGACGGGCUGGACUCACAUGGCAGUGGUGGCCUAUUCUGGACCCUGAUCUUGGGAGAGAAUCCCCAAAAGGUGGACAGUGGAGAGAAGGGGAUGAAGAUCCCCAGAGAGAGACCAAUCUAAUGAGAAGGGGGAGCCAACAAGAAUAAACUGAAGGCCCCUUGAAUUUAUAUAUAUAUAUAUAUAAAUAUCUAUUCCCACCCCUAGCCCGCUCUGUCCUUGCUGUAACUGUUUCUAUCUCUGUGUUUAUAAAACGCAUUAUCCUGGCGAAUUUUUAUUUUCAAUCUUUGUUUGUUUUUCCCUUUCUCUUCGUCUUCAAUUCUCCUUCCCUUUUAUUUUUUUUAUUGGUCCACAUGACUACUAGUCUUGUGCGUCACUUGUUAGUUUCUUUGCAUCAUGGAGGCUGACUCGGAAGAGAAUGAGAAGGCGAGGGAGAAAGCAUGUGUUGUUGGGAUUUAAAAUCAAUCAUCCUCCCGAAGCCUAUAGAAUCCCAGACUUCUAUAUGAACAACUAAUUGGGGCUUCUUUUUUUUUUUUUUUUUUUUUUUUUAAAAAAACACCCUGUAUAGAAAUAAAUUGGUAUAAAAGGCUCUUGAAGGUGCUGCUGUGAGCACCCUGCCCCUGUGACGUGUGUUCCUUCCCCCUGCACCAGACCACUGCAUGAGCAUCUUCCUGCUGUGAGUCCCGAGUGGCCAGGCGGGCAUCAGGGUAGCGCAUCUCAGCCUUUGGGCAGCCUUGCGGUUCACAAGGAUCACCUCUGCCCUCUGUGCUCUGCGCCUGUGGAGAAGCCUUUUUCUCUGCGUUUAGUCACCAAGGUUGGCUGUGAACAGGCGGGGUGUUUUGUAGAUUCAUAAGUUAGGCUAGCAGAAGCUGUCUGACUUGACUCUUGCAUUUCACAGGUGUCAUUUCAACCCAUUUGUCUUGUAUUGAGCCCCAAGAACUAAGGUGUAUUUGAAGUAUGUGUUCACAAAAUGCAUUGGCUUGAUUCUGAGGCACUGGGACGCAGAGAAUCCCUUUCAUGGGUAGCCUGCUGCAAGGCCUUUGUGUUCUCACUGUUUAAAUAUUUAGCCUGAUUUCUCUUUUGGAUCUGUUUGCCUUUGGUUUCCAGUUACUGGUUCUGGAUCCAUCCAUGCUGCUCAUUUAGAGAGCACAGUGGGGCAUUUUCCCCUGGACUGGUAUUUAAACACUGUAAUAUCCCUUCUCGGUCCACUGUUUGACAAAGUAAAUAGAUGGAACUCCUUAAAUCUUCCACCGUAAGGAACUUCCUCCAGCCCAUGAGUUAUUCUUGUGUUUUCUUUCUACAUCUUGUCCAGUUUUUGGAAUUGAGUGUUCAAGCCCGGGUGCUGUGGACAUGGUCCCCCAGCCCUUUGCCUUAAGCCUGCAGAAGAUUGCCAUCGCCCUUUCUUUGCAGCAUUAUACGGGAGCUCACAUCAGCUGCUUGUCUGGUUUGAGCCCUAGAUCAAUCAUCCCAGGUCUCAGCUUCCCACAGUGGUGUUUCCCCUUUCUUUAGGUGUGGUCUGAGUUCUUAUUUCCUGCAUACUUAACGGGAGGCUGUAUUGAAGUCCAGUUUGUGUGAAUGGACCUGGCUUUUCUGACUGUCCAUGUUACUUGCUGCUUUCCCAGUUUUGUCACCCACAAACUGUUUCAGUUGUUAUUUUUUACUUAUAGACCCAGGCUGAAAAUGUUAUAUUGCAUCUGACUUACACUUGAAAAGCAUCAUGCAGUGCAACUUUUUAUUAGCUUCUUUUUAAGACAUGCAGUCAAGGCAUUUCUUAAUCCUCUUAGGAUGUGAUUAUGUACGGUAAAUCUUUUUGACUCAUGGUGCCAGGUCAAUGCCUUACAAAAAUUUUAAGUAUGUUGCACCUAUGCAGUCCCUUUUGUUAAACUUAAUGUAUAAUGAUGUCAUCUAAGAAUGAAAUUUAAGAUUUGGGGCUUUCUUUCAUUUUUUUUCCUACAAAAUCAAUAUUUCAUAAACCCCUUUGGCGUAUAGGCUUUAUUUGGCAUUCAUUAAUUUGUCAUCUCUACAGCUUUUCCAUAAUUUUGACAUCAAGUCACUUUGCUUGCCUUUUGGGAAUACUGUCAUGAAUGUUGUAAGGUAUUUCUCUAAUAUCCCAAGUUUAAUUAAAAUUGGAAUCGGUGGGCUAGGGUGCUCAUUAGUGAACUCUUUCAGGACUCUUGUUUCUUUGCUGACUUAAGAGUACACAUUCCUCACUGACACUGUCUGAUCUCCUCUGAUACUAAGGUACUGGAUAGAAUUUGGUAUUUUCAUACAACUACUGCAUCGUGUUUCUUUCUGAAUGUGGAACUGGAAGUAUUUGACUGAUUGCCCCAGUUCUGUGUCAAUAGCAUGUUCACCGUUCUUAUCUAGCAGUACUAUUAUCUGGCUGUAGGAUUUCUUGUUUAUUUUUUUGUUUAAAAAUUUAACAAUUCCUUUUCCUUUAAAGAAAGGAAUUAAAGAUCCCAAAUCCCUUUCCUAUUACCAGUAUUUUUGCCAGCCACAAAGCUUUCCUUGCCAAUUUUUUCUAUUUUAUAAUGUCUAAUUUAUGUCAAUUGCUGUCUGGCCUUGCUUUUUUCCAUGUGUUACCUUUCGGGUGGGGGAGUUAAUUGUUUAUUCUUGCUCACAGACUUCUCACUGAACCCAAGAUGGGCUCUUACCAAAAGUUUUCCUCGUUCUUGCUUGUGGAAUUAGGGCUUUUUCGGCCACAUAGUACAUUUUUCUUACAGCAGAGUUUCAUUCACGUUUUUCUGCCUUCUUUCUUUUUUCUCACUUCAUAGUUUUGCUCACCUUGGAAAUUAGCACAGACACAGCACAGGUUUGUAACUACCUGUGGUUCUUCUCUGGAUGCCCAUAUUCCAUAUGAACAGGGCAAAAUGUGGCAGUUUCACUGAAGUUAUUAUCCUGUCUUGUAUGCAUCACCUUGAAGUCUGAAAAUUUGUCUUUUUUUCUGUGCAGUGUCUUGUAUUAAGAAAGCUAGAGUUUUGGAUGUUGGAAAGAUGUUUUGCCAACUGGUUGAAUUUCCUGGGGAAUGUCUUACAAGUUAGAAUUCCUUGCAGUGGUUCUUAAUUUUAUAUGUUCAGGUCCUUGAAAUCGCCUUUCCUGCUCCCUGGUUUCUAAUACCUGCUCUCCUUCCCCUUUUUGGAAUCUGAUUACUUAGCAUAGAGAUCCAUAUGGAUUUAAGGCUGUACAAUUCCUGUGUUAUCAGUUAUAUCAAGGUGUUAUUGUUUGUGUUUGUGCAGUUUCCUGCUGCUCCUAGAGCUUUUAACUGAUGCUCAGGAAGAAGCUAAUGAUUUUUUACUAAGGGACUUUCCCAUCAAGUUUCAGAAAUGCCACUUUAUUCCAGGUGUCUUUUUUCACUUCUUAGUGAGAAUUUCUUAUUUCUCUGUUUACUCAGAGUCUUAUUGCUGGUAUAGAAAUAAUUGAUGAUACCUUACUCUCAUUAUCUUUAUCACUUACUUGUAGUUGGAUUAGGUCUUCCUCUUUGGACUCCCAGGGCUGUUUAACAUAUUUAAGGUGCUUCAGGUGGUUUAAAAAGCAUUAUUGCUACCUGUGGGAUGCAAAAUGUAAGGUCUAUAAAAAAUUCUUCCCUGUUGAGAUGAAGCCUCAGGUUCCACAUUCUGCAUUUUUUCAGCUUUGUGUACUCAAGCUUUAACAACGGUUUAACUCCCACUUACAGAGUGGAAGAUUCUCUAACAAGAUCCCAUUCUCCUUCCUCUUUAGCCCUCUGAAUCCCUUGACCUUGCAUUUUCUUUGUAAUGCCAAUCCAUUUGUUUCUGUACAGGAAGACUUGACAAUGGCUCUGGAGUUGCAUAUUAGAAUCAUAGAAUGGUUUGGGUUGGAAGAGACCUAAAAGAUCAUCCACUUCCAACCACCCUGCCAUGGGCAAGGACACCUCCUACUAGGCUAGGCCCCGUCCAACCUGGCCUUGAACUCUUCAGAGAUAGGGCAGCCACAACUUCCCAGGGCAACCUGUUCCAGUGCCUCACCACCUUCAUAAUGAAGAAUUUCUUUCUAAUUUCUAGUCUAAAUUUUUCCUCUUUCAAUUUAAAGCCAUUCCCCCUCAUCCUGUCACUCCACAGGCUUGUAAAAAGCCCCUCCCCAGCUUUCCUGUAGCCCCUUCAGGUGCUGGAAGGUCACUAUAAGGUCUCCUCAGAGCCUUCUCCAGGCUGAAGAACCCCAACUCGCUCAGCCUGUCCUUGUAUGGAAGGUGCUCCAGCCCUCUGAACAUCUUGGUAGCCCUGCUUUGGAUCUGUUUCAACAGUUCCAUAUCCUCCUUACAUUGGGGAUUCCAGAACUGGACAUAAUCCUCCAUGUGAGGUCUCACAAGAGCAGAGCAGAGGGGGUGAAUCACCUCCUCACCCUGCUGGCCAUGCUUCUUUUGAUGCAGCCCAGGACCUUCUGGGCUGCGAGCGCACAUUGCCGGCUCACGUCGAGCUUCUCGUCGACCAGCACCCCCAAUCACAUCAUCCUCAUCCUCUAUUGAAACUAGGGAUUGCCCCGACCCAGGUGUGGGACGUUGCACUUGGCCUUGUUGAACCUCAUGAGGUUUGCACAGGCCCACUUCUCCAGCCUGUCCAGGUCCCUCUGGAUGAUAUCCCAUCCUUCUGAUGUAACAACUGCAACACUUGGCUUGCUGUCAUCUGCAAACUAACUGAGGGUCUACAUCAUUAAUGAAGAUAUUAAACAGCACUGGUCCCAGUAUGGACCCCUGAGGGACACCACUUGUCACUGAUCUCCAUCUGGACAUUGAGCAAUUGACAACUGCUUUCUGAAUGCAACCAUCCAACCAAUUUCUUAUCCACUGUACUGCCCACCCAUCAAAUCCAUAUCUCUCCAAUUUAGAGAGAAGGAUGUUGUGGGGGACCAUGUCAAAGGAUUUACAGAAGUCCAGAUAGAUCACAUCCGUUGGUUUUCCCAUGUCCACUGCUGUGUUUACCCCAUCAUAGAAAGCCGCUAGGUGGGUCGGGCAGGACUUGCCCCUGGUGAAGCCAUGCUGGCUGCCAUUAAUCACCUCCCCGUCCUCCAUGUGCUUUAGCAUAGCUUCUAGGAGGAUCUGUUCCAUGAUCUUCCCAGGCACAGAGGUGAGGCUGACAGGUCGGUACUUCCCAGGGUAAUCUCUUCUACUCUUCUUAAAAAUGAAGACAGUGUUGCCUUUCUUCCAGUCACCAGGGACUUCUCCUGACUGCCAUGACUUUUCAAAUAUCAUGGAGGGUGGCUUGGGCACCCCAUCAGCCCAUUCCCUCAGGACUCUGGGGUGCAUCUCAUCACGUCCCAUCGGCUUACAUAUGUUCAGGUUCCUCAGGUGGUCACAAACCAGAUGAUUAGGUUGCAUCUUGUAUCUUGGCUGGAAGGCAGUAGCACUUCUUCUUUACGGAAUCAGUUGUCUGUUCUUGGCUGGAUUUUGCAAAUUAUUGUUGCUUUAAAAGGAAAUACCACAUGGGCUGGAAAUAAUUUAAGUCACCCACAAACGAUAACUGAAUCUCAGCUGUGACUAAUGAUAGUAUUGCUGGUCUAUAAUUCAGUUAAAUCUUCAAGAAAGAUUAAAGACUCAUAAUUUAAAGCCUUAUGAUUAAUCAGCCACGUCCCUUUAUAGAGUUUUUUUGUUGGUUAUCACUGCCACUAAGGCUGUCAUUCUAUUUUACUGCUUUUUUUUUUUUUUUUUUUUUUUAAUCUGUAGGGUCUUGUUAUGCCUUUGUUCAGCACAUUGAAGUCUUCUGCUAUAAGAUAUUUUUCUUUUGUAAUUACAGACAAGCCACUGUGUUCAUCUUUCCAAACAGUUAAAUUAGAGUUGUUUUAGGUGUCUCACACGAACGCUUGGCUCCAUCAUGUAAGUAUCUAUCUAUCUAUUGCCUUUCUUUUUCCUUUAUGAAGGAGCACGCUGCGUGGUGUUCUCUUAUAAAUCUUGCUACGUACAAGAUGGCUGUCUUGAGCCAGCAAACUUACAUUGCUAUACAAGGAUAUGUAGUUCUUCUAUUAAGAUCUUUUUCUUUAAAUUAAAACAAAUCACAUGAUGUUUCUUCUAUUAGGUGAGUGCAACUCAUAUCAAAAAUGUGAUUUUGCCAAACAGUGUUCGGUUAACUGGCUUACACCAACCUGGAUGAUCCCAUUUCCUUUUCAAAUACUUCUUAAUUAAAAGUAUUUGCCGCUCUUCUGGAAGGCAUUCACAGCUCCAAAGUUGUUUGGAAAACAAAGCCCAUUGCUUCCAUCUGCUUGCCAGAUAAUUCUUCUAAAGUUAUUGAUUGUGAGUUUCUAGCUAUGCAACUUCUAAGAUGUUUUAUUUAAUGGGUAGAACUGAACAUCUUCCUAGAUCUCAUUGGCAAUAGGUAAUAUUUUAUUACUUCACAGUUUUGUUUACAUCAUCCAACUUCCUUCCUAGUAGAGAAUAUGAUUAUGAGAUUCUGCCUGUCUUCUAUAUUUUUAUUGAUUAUUUUAUCAUCUUUAUAUCAACUAAAGAAUAUAUAUCAUGUUUAGGAUUUUCUUCUAAUAUUUUGCAGGUAAAGUACCUGAAGGCUGCCCCAGUUUAGUAGUGCAGUUUCAGAACGUAGAAUGAAAUUGCUCUGUACAUUUUCUCAACUACAAGAUAGGUACCUGUUCAGUCCUCAUUUCAGGUACAACAGAUUAAAUUUGUGUGCAUGAUUUCUUGUUUCUGUAUAGCAGAACACCAAAGUAAUAGAGAGAUGUAGUAACUUGGUCCAACAAACAUUUCAAUUUCAUGUAGCGUCUAUGUAAUGAAUGGAAAAAAAAACCUGCAAGAAAAGAAAUCGUGACACCAAAGAACUAGAGUCUAUGCCUAGUUUUGCUACUAAUUAGGCUAUGGUUUUGGAAUAUAGACACAGCUAUAAUGUGGGGCCUUUGGCAUCUGCUUUCAUUUGUAAAGCUGAUUAACCACCCUGGCGGCAAGUGCUGCAGAUCAGUUGUUUGAUGUUUGCGAGAAUGAAAUGUGGGUGCAUUCAGUAAUUCCUGAAGCGAAGGAAAUGCAGAGCAGGGACCUCUGAACUGAGAAUGUUAAAGAGUGAGGAGAGCUGAAUGUGUACUUUGACAGCAAAAAGGGAACCAAACAGGGCUCUGAAGUCAUAGGCCUGCUCCUAGGAUAUGCAUAAGGAUCCCUUUCAAGCACUGGCCUUCACCUUGUGGUCCUUGGACAACAUUUAGGAGGUCUGUAAGGGAACUGAAAAGCUGGAGGCUUAAAUUUGGUAUGCAGAUGUUUACAUUUCCAAGGGAAAAUACAGACAUCCGUAGAUCAAUAAAGGUUGAGAACCACCACUACUCUAGAUUACUUCAGGAGGCUCUUCACCUUCCCUUUGUGAGAUGCCCAGGUGUUCUGAGCAGUCCACACAGUCAUCACUCAGGUCCUUCAUCUAACCAGGAGGCAUUUACCAGUUUUAACAGCAGGUUGUGAUUGAAGUGACAAAGUUAGGGGUGAUGUGUGAUAACCACUGGGGUGAGAGAUGUGGCUUUGUUACAACAGUUACCUGCAUACCAAUAUAUGCAGCUGGGUGGGUGGUAGACGUAAAUAGUCGUGUACCCCUACAGCAUAUUACAGUUGGGGAAGCAUCUUCCUGUGAAAUCACCUGUGCCCAUGCUAGGACUUCUACUCGCAGAAGUGUUUACUCUAAAAAGUAUCACACCUCUCAGCAAAGAACUGCCGUGGUAACACUCCAUCUGCGCCCAAGGCUGCAUCUGGAACAAAGAGCGAUGCACUUCUCCGUGAACCUCAGUGCCUCAGCUUUGUAAAGAGCACAAAUAGAGAGACAGCAAAAUUUUCUAGAUUCAGAGCUCAGGAGCUCGUCUUUGCUGGACUGGAAGAGUUUCCACUGCUGUGAGACCACAGAGGUCCACAAAAUGGCCUCUCCUCUUUGUUUUGCAACUUCACAGUGGCAGGUCAGGAAGUUAAAGAUACAUUCAUACACUUUCUUAAGGCUUUCCAUUUAGAUUUUAGGCAUGUGUCUUUUCUUUUCCCUGUCUUUUGUAUCAGCAGCAGCAACGAGGCCGGAGGAAGCCUGUCUUUCCAUUUCAGUGCUCUGGUGUUUUGACAUCCCCCAAACCUUGGCGUGGAGGAUCAGGUGGGAUUCCCAGGCUGGCUCUUAACCCAACCAUUCAUGUCUAAGCCCACCUGCUGCUUAACUUCAGCUCCAGUCAGCCUGGUGGCUCCAUGCCGGGCAUAGGUGGGGGUUCUGGUUUAGCACUGGGACAGGACACAGGCAGCAGAUUUUUUUUAUGCAACAGCCACGUCCUUAACUCCUUAAUUAAGAGCAUACAGUAAUUUAUAUGAGAAUUUUGCAGUAGUGUAAAAACAAAGUGAGGCUCCAGAAUAAUGUUCAGCUAACCAAAGGCAGCUGCUUCACACAGGAACUGAAUAGCAUAAGAAACGUGUUUUGUAUAAUUAAAAAUAUGUCAUGAAUAACUUAAAUGAUUAUAGGAAUAGGACUGGAAAACACUGUAUCUUCAACAACACUGCAGAACACAGUCUGUUCUCUGAAUUAAUCAGAUAGAGUCACAGCAAGAUGGUCAAUAGCUCAAGCAGCUGCAAUUUGUUUUAUAACAGCUUCUCAGCCUUACAUUGCAGACUGCUGGAAGACUCUUAAUCCGAGUAUAUCCAUAUAAAUAAAGGCAUGGUGCCUUGGUGGAUCUUUGGGAGGAAAGAAAAGAAAGUCUGGUUGCUUCUCCUCAUGGCCAGAAUCCAGCAGCAAGCAGUCCUGAGCAAUAACUAUCCUUAUGCAGGCUGUCAGGAAAAAAACGGAGUAACAUAGAUGAGUGAGCAGGAGAAAGGCAAAUGAAACAUUUGCCAAACAAAGCCAGUGCCUCCUAAACAGCAUGCGAUGGUAAAUUAAUGCUGACCUCUUGAAACAACAAUCCUGAAUGUUAUAGACUGUGAGGACCAAAAGAAAUAAGAUCAUUUUAUCUCAGUUCCUUCAUAAUCCCAUGGUGUGACUUCUCGCUCUCAGCCCAGCACAGCACCAUACUGUGUUAGGUGUGAUCGCUGGCGAAGGAAGUGCUGGGGAAGGGUUCCUGAGUUCUGUAGCAAGGUCUGUGACCUAGUAGCGAUUCCUGCUCUGUGGUCAUGAAAGCGGGUCUGGCAAGAUGGAGCAAAGAGAGCAUGGGCGCACACUCAAGUUCAUCUUUGAGGUUUGGGGUUGUUAGGUGUCAUGUUUGUACCCAAAUCACUUUACAGCCAGGACAGCCCAUUUACCACAACAGGAACCAUGCGGUACUGGCAAAUGCCAUGGCAAAGGGGAGAACAGAGUGUAACAAACCAUCAGCCCUGCCUCACCUGGGCUGCCCAACAGCAGCGCCCACCUGAGCUGCUGGAACUCUCGAGACCAGGAGAGACCCCACAGCUCAUAGAGAUGAAGACGGCUGCAAAGAUGAUCUGAAGGCUACAGCACCUCCCGUGUGAGGACAGGCUGAGAGAGUUGGGCUUGUUCAGCCUGGAGAAGAGAAAGCUCUAGAGAGACCUUAUAAUGGCUUUCUAGAACUGAAAGGGGCUACAGGAAAGCUGGGGAGGGACUUUUUUUCAGGGCGUGCAGGGUUAAGAUGAGGGGGAAGGGGAAGGAUUUAGAUAACAGGAAGAAAUUCUCCACGAUGAGGGUGGUGAGGCACUGGCACCGGUUGCCCAGAGAAGUCAUGG